UGAUUGAUAUUUAUAUAACAUGGCGUCGGUAAGGAAACUGUCUCUUUCUCGUCAACAGACGAUUUCUCUCUUGCGUUUUGGAUCUCGUUGGAGAUGUGGUCGCGUUAUCUCACCGCUAAUAUUAAAAAACAAUUUAUCAUCACUUGUCAAGACGGGUCGUGGCGGACGUUCAUCAUUCAGUGGAAAUCACGUGACCAUCUUCGGAUCCACAGGCUUCCUCGGUCGUUACGUUGUCAACAGAUUGGGUCGUAUGGGUACGUCAAUGAUGCUUCCGUAUCGUGGAGACGAGCUGGACACUCGCCAUCUAAAACUGAUGGGAGACUUGGGGCAGAUAGAAUUCCGUCGUUUCAGUUUGAGAGACGAGCAAUCGGUGAAAGAAAUGGUUCGUUAUUCGAGCAUCGUUGUCAAUCUGAUUGGUCGUGAGUUCAACACAUGGCACUUUAAGAUGGACGAAGCGAUGGGAGAAGGCGCACGGACAAUCGCUCGUGCUUGUCGUGAAGCUGGUGUUAAGCAGUUCAUUCAUGUGUCGGCAUUGAAUGCGAGUGGAGACUCACCGUCGGCGUUUCUGCGAGCUAAGGCGGCUGGAGAAGCGGCUGUUCUUGAAGAGUUUCCAGAUGCUACGAUUAUGCAACCAUCCUGGAUUUAUGGGCGUGAAGACAGAUUUUUCAACUACUAUGCUAAUCUAAAAAUUCUACCAUUUCCUUUUGCUGGAGUUCCAUUUCUGGACAGAGGAUUGAAGACAGUGAAACGACCAGUGUUUGUGGUUGACGUCGCUACAGCCAUUUUCAAUGCCAUUCAUAAUGAUGAAACAGUAGGACAGGUGUAUGAGCUAGCAGGACCGAAAGAAUACAUUCUAUUCGAUUUGGUUGAGUAUCUGUAUCAAGUGUUACGACGUCCAUUCAAGCCAUACAGUUUACCAAGACCACUGUACAACUUAGUUGCCUUUGCCUUUGAAAACAGUCCAUUCGAUCCCUAUUUGACACGUGACAUCCUAAUUCGGCAACAUCUGAGUGAUCAACUAAAGGCUGGUGUUCCCGGACUGGAGGAUUUGAAUGUGAAACCGACGGCAGUCGAAGAGGCAGCACUAGGAAUCUUGCGUAGACACAGAGAUGCAUUGCAUUACAACGAGACUAUCGAUGAGUUGCAUGCACCGUGAAGCAAACAGUUGGUCAACGCUUCCAUCUUGCUCUUUGUCUUGUGAGUCAGUAGUAGUUAAUAUUAACAACUUGUAUCUACUUGAUAUGUGGGAGUAACAGUUUUAUGCGAAUUGUGUGAUAUUUUUGAAGUUGUUGAAUUCUACGAGAAUUCAUCAAUGUUGGAAAUGUUGUUCACGGCAGAUUUGA